AUGACGAUUCCGCUGACUGAAGAGGAUCUUCAUGAGCUCUACCUCUGGGUAGAUGAUAUCCCCAUCUCUCGCCCGAAGCGCAACAUCACGCGUGACUUUAGCGAUGGUUGUUGCGUGGCGGAGGUGGUGAAGUUUUUUUUCCCGAGACUGGUUGACCUGCACAACUACACCCCGUCAAUGUCAAUGAAGCAGAAGAGAGAUAACUGGGACACAUUGAACAACCGCGUCUUUCGCAAGCUCCACUUUGAGGUGCCGCCGGAGGAGAUUAACGACAUCACAGCGGGCGUACCAGGUGCGAUUGAGCGCUUUCUCCGCGCCCUUCGCACGAAGAUUGCGCAGAUCAAGGCCCGCCGCGAGAAAAUGGGCACGCUGGAAACGUGCCCGGGUGGCAGUGACGACGACGACAAGGAAGGGAGCGAGGCCCGAGGACGAGGCGGUGACUGGAUGAUGGCGGAGAAGAAGCGGGCGGUGUACCCUCGAUGCCGUCCAGGCAGUGGUGUGGGGGCCGGUCCCGCAGUGUAUCGCCCGUCGCCCGACGUGAGGAAGGUUCCUGAGACGCGUCGGGACGUCCACGGUAACCAUGAUAGAAACUAUGACACCAAUGAUGACGACGCUGUCACAAGCUUCCGUCUGUUGCUAGAUGAAAAGGACCGCACCAUUUUUGAGCUUCGUGAGACUGUCAGUCUGCUGAGCGAGAAGGUGACAAAGCUGGAGGAGCUGGUCCGUGUGAAGGAUGGGAAGUUGAAUGAGUAUCGAGCCAAGCUCAGCCAUGUGUGA